AUGGAGGCUGAAGACACAGCUCGAGGAGGAGUGGCCCCUGGACUCUCCCGGCCUGGCCUGGUACCCGUCAGCAUCAUCGGGGCUGAGGAUGAGGAUUUUGAGAAUGAACUAGAGACGAACUCGGAAGAACAAAACAGCCAGUUCCAGAGCCUGGAGCAGGUGAAGCGUCGGCCCGCCCACCUCCUGGCCCUCCUGCAGCAUGUGGCCCUGCAGUUCGAGCCCGGACCCCUGCUCUGCUGCCUACACUCGGACAUGCUGGGCACCCUGGGCCCCAAGGAAGCCAAGAAGGCCUUCCUCGACUUCUACCACAGCUUCCUGGAAAAGACAGCGGUUCUGAGGGUUCCAGUGCCUCCCAGUGUCGCCUUUGAACUUGACCGUACGCGGCCUGACCUCAUCUCCGAGGAUCUCCAGCGGCGGUUUGUGCAGGAGGUGGUGCACAGCCAACAGAUGGCCGUCACCCGGCAGCUGGAGGACUUCCGUUCCAAGCGGCUCAUGGGCAUGACUCCCUGGGAGCAGGAGCUGGCCCAGUUGGAGGCCUGGGUGGGGCGGGACCGCAACACCUAUGAGGCCCGGGAACGGCACGUGGCGGAGCGGCUGCUGUCCCACCUCGAGGAGAUGCAACCUACGAUCUCUACCGAUGAAGAAAAGAGUGCUGCUGUGGUCAGCGCUAUCAGCCUGUACAUGCGCCACCUGGGGGUGCGGACCAAGAGCGGGGACAAGAAAUCCGGGAGAAACUUCUUCAGGAUAAAGGUGAUGGGGAACCGUCGGUCAGAUGAGCCUCCCAAGACCAAGAAAGGGCUGAGCAGCAUCCUGGAUCCUGCCCGCUGGAACCGGGGAGAUUCCCAGGUACCAGAUUUCCGACACCCUAAAGUUGAGGUUGAAGCUGAGAAACCAAGCUCCAUAGACCGGAAGGGAGGCCUGGUGGGGCCUUCCCGGGACCGGAAUGUCGGGUCCUCCACUGGACAAGAACAGACCGGGCUCUCUGUGAACUCUAUGACUGGAGACGGCCCAGACCGAGAACCAGGUGCUGACCCUCCAUUGGAGCUGGGGGACCCACCUCCACAGGGCCCGACCAGCCUGGAACCCCUGGCGCCCCCAGAGAGUACUGAGGAGGCUGUUGACACAGAGAGAAGGUGGAAGAGGCUGUCGGGGCGUCUGGGACGCUCAGAGAGCCUUCGGGUGAGUGACCGCCGCCGGCCUUCCCGGGGCCACCUCGGGGCUAAGGGCCGGGGUGGGGGCCGCUCCCGGAGCGACGUGGACAUGGACCCCAGCUCUGCCACGGCUGUGCUUGGCCCUGCCCGACGAGCCACCCCCGAGCCUGGAGACGAGGGGGAGUCGGGGCGGUCAGGCCUGGAGCUGGAACCCGAAGAGCCCCCCGGCUGGCGGGAGCUGGUCCCCCCGGGUACCCUGCAGAGCCUGCCCAAGAGUCAAGUGAAGAGGCAGGAGGUCAUCAGUGAGCUGCUGGUGACCGAGGCUGCGCACGUACGCAUGCUCCGUGUGCUGCAUGACCUCUUCUACCAGCCCAUGGCAGACGGCGGCUUCUUCCCACAUGAGGAGCUGCAGAACAUCUUCCCCAGCCUGGAUGAGCUCAUCGAGGUGCACUCUCUCUUCCUUGAUAGCCUGAUGAAGCGGAGGCAAGACAGUGGCUACCUCAUUGAGGAGAUUGGAGAUGUGCUGCUGGCCCGCUUUGAAGGCGCUGAGGGCUCCUGGUUCCAGAAAAUCUCCUCCCGCUUCUGCAGCCGCCAGUCUUUUGCCUUAGAGCAGCUCAAAGCCAAGCAGCGCAAGGAGCCUCGAUUCUGUGCCUUCGUGCAGGAUGCAGAGAGCCGUCCAAGGUGCCGCCGCUUACAGCUAAAGGACAUGAUCCCCACAGAGAUGCAGCGGCUGACCAAGUACCCCCUGCUCCUCCAGAGCAUCGGCCAGAACACAGAAGAGCCUGGGGAACGGGAAAAAGUGGAGCGGGCGGCCGAGUGCUGCCGGCAAAUUCUACACCAUGUCAAUCAGUCUGUACGGGACAUGGAGGACCUGCUGAGGCUCAAGGACUAUCAGCGGCGCCUGGACUUGUCACACCUUCGGCAGAGCAGUGACCCCAUGCUGAGCGAGUUCAAGAAUCUGGACAUCACCAAGAAAAAACUCAUCCAUGAGGGCCCGCUGACGUGGCGGGUGACAAAGGACAAGGCCGUAGAAGUCCACGUGCUCCUUCUGGAUGACCUGCUGCUGUUGCUUCAGCGUCAGGACGAGCGGCUGCUGCUAAAAUCCCACAGCCGCACGCUGACACCCACGCCUGAUGGCAAGACCAUGCUGCGGCCCGUGCUGCGACUGACCUCCGCCAUGACCCGAGAGGUGGCCACCGAUCACAAAGCCUUCUAUGUUAUUUUCACUUGGGACCAGGAGGCCCAGAUCUACGAGCUGGUGGCUCAGACUGUGUCUGAGCGGAAGAACUGGUGCACCCUCAUCACUGAGACCGCCGGAUCCCUGAAAGUCCCUGCCCCUGCUUCCCGCCCCAAACCCCGACCCAGCCCCAGCAGCACUCGAGAACCCCUACUCAGCAGCUCUGAGAGCAGCAAUGGCACCCGGGAGCUGCCUCCUGGUGAUGGCCGCAUGGAGAGGGUCCUCAGUGACCUCCUGCCUUUCUGCAGACCAGGCCUCGAGGGCCAGCUCGCUGCCACUGCCCUUCAGAAAGUGCUAUCCCUGAAGCAGCUCCUGUUGCCCACGGAGGAGGACAGCCCGACAGGACCUCCCCGAGAUGGGGAUGAGGUCCUCGGUGGCGGACCCCUGAGCCCAGCACAGAGUCAGGAGGUCCAGGAGAAGCUGCUUGGCCUAGAGGAGACCAUGAAGCAGCUCGAGGAGAUGGAGGAGGAAUUUUGUCGCCUGCGAUUCCUCCUGUCCCAGCUUGGGGGAACACUGUUCCCCAGCCUGGCUGCACCUGAGACUUCUGCCCUCUCAGGCAUCGUCUUCUGGGUCGACCCCACAGUAUGGCCUCUAGACCCCUUGCCUUACUCCAGUUGCUCAUUCAUUCAUUCAAACACCUCCGACAGACAGUUGAGUGAGAACGUCUCUCCCCCACAACCCCACGGUCACCCAGGGCACUGA